UUGUAUUAGUUGGCCCCGAAGUCAUCGCUGUCGCCAAAAGUGCCCUCAAACUCGCUGGCUCGCUCGAAUGGAUUGAAUUUGAGUUGAAGGAAAUGCCUGUGGGUGGAGCCGCCUUGGAUUUGACCGGAGUUCCGUUACCAGAGGAGACCCUUUCUGCAGCGAAGCAAUCGGAUGCGGUUCUGCUUGGAGCAAUUGGAGGGUAUAAAUGGGAUAAUAAUGAACAACAUUUGAAGCCCGAAACUGGAUUGCUUCAGCUUCGGGAAGGUCUUCGCAAAUUUGAGGCCAGCUUCUGUUCUACCACAGUUAGUUGA